AUGAUAGCAGGUUUAGGAAUUGUUUUUAAUACAAUCUUAUUUAAUGCUCCUGUUUUAGUUAGUAAUCCUAAGGAUUAAACAGCGGUUGCUACUGUUUUAAAGAAUGUUUCUAUUAUUGCAGGUUUAUUAUAUCUUAUGGUCUCUGAAGGAUGUAGUAAUGAAAAAAAAAAAUUGAAAAAAGAUUGA